GCUCGGGACUCUGGAGCCAGUCGCAGCGGGAUCGGCUUCAUGUGCCUAACACGGAGCGGGUGGCGGUGGAAAACAUGACGCAUCUGCUCGAGUGGGCCGAGACGAUCGUCUUGGGAGACGCCGAGGUUGGGGCGGACUCGCGGCUCCGUGAGCGGGAGGCUGAGAAUGAGCAGCUGGAUGUGAAUCGAGUCUUGACGGCGGGGAAGAACCUGUGUGCUUGGCUGGGAGAUUUUGAUGGACGGAGAGAGAUUGACGUUUUGGCUUUGGGUCCCGACCAGGGCCAUUGAGGGUGAGGAAUGGGGGAAAUGGCGAUACUGCCGGGGAAGUCCUGAGGUCUCUGUCGCCUCAUUAGGCGAGUUAUGGUAUGCGGUUGUUUAGUGUGUAAAGACAACGCUUGUUGAGAAUACAGACGUGGAAUUAUUCGGUCGAC